AUCUUCCACAUUUCCAUGCAUCCGUAUACUAUACAAAACAUUUCAGUUGGACGAAGAAAUCAAUCAAACGAUGAGGCUUCUUCAGCUUCUAGCUCUGUGCGUGCAGUUCAAUGUUGUACCGUGUACAUUGGCAAAUGUCCCCACAACACCGUGCCCGAGAAUCUUUCAAUAUGUCAGAGACAUGAAGACUCACACCGUCUAUGGAGCCAUCACCAUCGAAGGGUAUCGAGCCGGUUUCAACAACACAUUGGAAGUGAUCCUCUCAAUGCCUUCGAUUGUGCACUCUACAGGUUCAUUGGAGUUGUUGAACAUACAUGACUUACCACGGCAGCCCGCCAGAUUACGAGUAUCCCUGACGCACCCGUUGCCUAGUUUGGUUUCGAUCAAACUCAAUGGGAAGGUUGUGUGCAGUGGUCCGCCAGCGCAAGGUCAUCGAAUAACUACCAUCAAGUUGCAUCAUUACACCAACAUUCAGAUGAUGCCUGGCGAUCACUAUGGGGAUGAUUCGGAUAGUGUCGAAAGCCACGAGUAUCCGAACACGGCAAUGCAUCCGUUAAGUCAUGCCAAAUUCGGGGAUGGAGAUCAUGGAUCACUUUCAUAUGAAAGAAUUUGCGGACAACCUGUAAAUCGAGCUGUACCGUUGAUGUUCAAAGGAACAAAAUCCCGUCGAGGGGAAUGGCCUUGGUUGAGUGCGUUAUACUAUAAAAACAAUGACUUAGGAUCCCUGCAAUUCCGCUGUGGAGCGACUUUGAUAUCUGACAAAGUUCUACUCACAGCCGCCCAUUGUCUGAUGAACGGAAAGAAUCACCUACAAGCCGAUGAUAUACUGGUAUCGCUGGGACGUUACAACAUUAUGGAUUGGACGGAGGUCGAUUCGAGAACGGUAAACCCUCGAGCUCUUGUGAUACAUUCAGGCUUCCGAAGUGAUGCCUUCGACUACGAUAUAGGAGCUAUUAUUCUUCCAAAUGAAAUCAACUACUCCAAUUCGGUUAGGCCCAUUUGUAUUUGGACAGAAUCCGAUGAAGAAUCGAUCAUCGUCGGUCAGCUGGGAACCGUCGUUGGUUGGGGCUUCUCCGAGUCUGGAAUAAUAUCGGACGUUCCGAAAAGUGCGCAAGUACCGAUCGUAUCGGAAGUCGAUUGUAUCCGGUCUGACAUCGGGUUCCAACUGACAACAUCGAAGCGCACAUUUUGCGCCGGAGGGCAAGGCGCAGGACCCUGUCAAGGUGACUCGGGUAGUGGACUAUUUGUGUCGCGUGGUGGCCGUUGGGUUCUGCGGGGGAUCGUCUCCUAUGCGCUUAUUGACCCGGACACAGGUAAAUGUGAUGCACGUAAAUAUACCGUCUACACGGAUGUUGCCAAAUAUCACGAAUGGAUGGAGGAUCACAAUCUUCGGGUUUCAUGAGGCAGUUGGCGCCACCCCUGUCGCAUAUCGAGAAAAAAAACGUUAAUAAAAUCGACUCUGAUAAUAAAACCAUGCGCGAGGUAUCGAAUUACGACAACGAAGGAUCGAGACGUUAAGAAUAAUGAGUUGUUGAGCAGAAGCCCAACAGGCGCCAUGUAGAUUUAAGUCACGCGAUCACGGUUUGGAGUUCGAUUUUUUAAAUUGGGACACAACAUAAUUUUGGAAUGUUUGAAUAAUGUGCGAUUAAGAGAGAUGACUACUAAGUAAGAAAUAAACUUCAUGAGUAUUUUGA